GCAGGUCAGUGCUGACAAUGGUUUUCUGGGCAGAUCUGUGACUCGUUCAAGGCUGCUCCGUAAAACACAUGAUUUAUAGCUAAGAUUCCAUAACCAGAAAGUAAUCCGUACCUGAGUCAUGUUCCCCUGGCGGACAUGGCACGAAUGCUGGCUCACCGGCCCAGGAUCUUCUCCGCCAGUGUGUUUGCGGCUCUCGGUUUUUCAUCAAAGACGGUGAGCCUUCCAUAUCUCUAUCACUUUUUUUCCCUAACAGUUGCGCGUCAUGUCUUAGGAUAGCGAGAUUUAAAUCCCAUAUAACAAUAACCUCGAAUCAUCCGAGGACGAGGCUCGAGGGGAAGAACAAGGCGAUGUUUCUAGAGUUCCUGAGAGGCACGCUGCAGUGGCGUCCUGAGAACUGGAAGACAGCAAAGGAGCUUUCCGACGACCCGUGGCUCAGUAGCUGGCUGGCAACCCACCAUUGCUACGGAGUGAUCCGCGUACCUCGAUCACCUGCUCUUGCCAGUCGGAAAGUAUAACAGAACUAAAGGUCAAAAAUAAGGUUUCUGAGGCGUCAGAACGUAGAGCGCUACCGCUCCCGGCUCACUCCUGCCUCCCGCCCCUUCCCCCCUCCCCAACGUCCUCGACCAAUGUCUUGUUCAACACCUCCAUCUCCCCAAACAAGGCGGGAGCGGGCCCGCGCCGUGCGUUGCUGAUCC